AUGAAGUUCACUGCCAUUAUCGCCGCUGUUGUCUCCAUGGCUGCUUUCGCCAUUGCCGCGCCCGUCCCAGCCGUCGACGAAGUUGCCGCCCGUCAGGACCACGGCAUGUGCGUCAAGGGUGUUGCCGGCCAGAUCACGCAAAUCCCCAACUGCUAG